GACAAGAAAGAGAGAGAGGGGGGGAAAUAGGUGGAGAGAUUACUUCAUCUGUAUAAAACCAGAGUAUAAAUACGAGUGCCCAAGAAUCGUUGCUCUCUUUGUAUUCAGCAGAGCAAUACGACUACAUUGGGAGAUGGCCACUGCAGGGAAGGUGAUUAAAUGCCGGGCUGCCGUUGCCUGGGAGCCCAAUGCUCCCCUGGUGAUAGAGGAAAUAGAGGUGGCGCCACCACAGGAAGGAGAAAUCCGAAUUAAGGUUAUCGCUACAGGUGUGUGUCACACUGAUCUUUAUCACCUGUUUGAGAGCCAGCAGAAGAAGGGAUUCCCCACUGUGCUGGGUCACGAAGGGGCCGGUUUGGUGGAGAGUGUGGGGCCUGGAGUCACCGACUUCAAACCAGGUGAUAAAGUCAUUCCGCUCUUCAUCUCUCAGUGUGGAGAAUGCAGGUUCUGCAAGCAUCCAAAAACAAACCAUUGUGAUCGCAACUGGUCAAGCAAGCGCUAUGAUGUGAUGUCUGAUCCCACCUCCCGGUUCACCUGCCGCGGUAAACCCAUCCUGCAGUUCAUGGGCACAAGCACCUUCUCUGAGUACACUGUCCUGAAUCAGAUCGCCGUGACAAAGAUCCGUGAUGAUGCCCCGCUCAACCGCGUGUGUCUGCUCGCCUGUGGCAUCUCUACUGGCUAUGGAGCUGCUAUCAAUACAGCUGGGGUCACGCCGGGCUCCGUGUGUGCAGUAUUCGGGAUGGGUGCGGUAGGCCUGGCCGCCGUCAUGGGAUGUAAAAAUGCAGGAGCCUCUCGGAUCUUUGCUGUGGAUAUCAACGAACAGAAGUUUGAGAAGGCAAAGGUCUUCGGUGCCACUGAUUUUGUGAAUCCGAAAGCGUAUGAUAAACCAGUCAGCGUGGUACUCGCAGAGAUGACCAAUGGAGGGGUGGACUUCUCUCUGGAGUGUGUGGGCAACACGGACGUAAUGAGGAGUGCAUUGGAGUCGUGUGUUAAAGGUUGGGGUGUGAGUGUUCUGGUCGGGUGGACUGACAUGUCCGACUUUUCUGCACGACCAAUUCAGCUCAUAUCUGGGAAGACUUGGAAGGGUUCUCUGUUUGGAGGUUUUAAGAGCAAGGACUCCGUUCCAAAUCUUGUUCAUGACUACAUGUCUGGCAAAAUAAAGCUUGAUGAGUUUAUAACCCACAACAUGAGUCUGGAGCAGGUCAAUGAUGCCAUCAAACUUAUGAAGACUGGAGAAUGCAUUCGGACCAUCCUGAAUAUAUCCAAAUGAGAGGCAAAUCUUUAUUUGGCCAGUUUUUGAAGUUCAUUGCCUUGUCCCUGUUUACAAUGUGUAACAGCAAGGUUCAAAGAACAUUUAUUUUUAUUGCAUAAUCUGGCCAAGUGCUCUACAGAGUAUGUUAAACUGCUUUGAAUAAAGAUACAUAUCAGCAAAUUUAAACGACUAUAGUGCAUUAUAAUCAAGCACAUUUUACAGUAUAUCCACUUACUACAUACAGUUAAUAUUGGCAUGUAAAUGUUAAUUUUUAACAACAAAAAAUAACAAUUUGAAGAGUCUUUCUGAGAACAGCAGGAAAUCUUUUGCAAAUAAAAAACUAGCUUCUAAAUCA